GUCUUUUCCCGCGUCGUAGCAAAACACAGCAGCAUCAGACUGUCAGCAUUCGUUUUUUGUUCUAUUUAGUUUUGAUAUAGGAUAUUUUAUUAAAGUUAAAGCCAUGCUAACUUUAGAUUACGACCCGGCUUCUCUUCCUGAUUUGCUACCAUUGUACUAUCGGCGUCUGUUCCCCUUUGCACAGUAUUAUCGCUGGCUAAACUAUGGAGGAGUCCAAAAGAAUUAUUUCCAGAAUCGUGAGUUUUCCUUCACUCUCAAAGAUGAUAUUUAUGUACGCUACCAGUCCUUCACCACUCAGGGCGAACUGGAGAAAGAAAUGCAGAAGAUGAACCCCUACAAGAUCGACAUCGGAGCCGUGUACAGCCACAGGCCAAACCAGCACAACACAGUGAAGUCUGGGAGCUUUCAGGCUCUAGAGAAGGAGCUGGUGUUUGAUAUCGAUAUGACGGAUUAUGACGACGUCCGAAGCUGCUGCAGUGCUGCGGACAUCUGCUCAAAGUGCUGGACCUUAAUGACCAUUGCAAUCCGUAUUCUGGAUAGAGCUCUGCGAGAGGACUUUGGCUUCCAGCACCUGUUGUGGGUCUACUCUGGGAGGAGAGGUAUCCACUGUUGGGUUUGUGAUGAAGCAGCUCGGAAGCUGUCUGUGGCGGCUCGUUCCGCUGUGGCCGAGUACCUCAGUCUGGUCAAGGGUGGUGAAGACACAGUGAAAAAGGUGAUUCUGUCUGAUCCAAUUCAUCCGUUCAUCAAGGAGUCCCUUACAGUGGUGGAACGGUACUUCAGCCGAUACGCACUACACGAACAAGACAUCCUUGGGCGAAAAGAGACAUUAGACAAAGUACUAGCCCUUGUACCAGAAGAUGUAAGAAAAGAACUACAGCAGGACUUUCAGAAUGAGAAGAAGCCAGAAACUCGCUGGAAAUUAAUCAGAGACUAUGCCAAGAAAAACAAGGGUGCUAACAAGAAGAGCCAUCAUUUUGAAAAAGAAAUCAUGUUGCAGUAUUGCUACCCACGCCUUGAUGUCAAUGUCAGUAAAGGAGUCAACCAUUUACUGAAGAGCCCAUUCAGUGUCCAUCCCAAAACAGGCCGCAUUUCAGUUCCCAUUGACCUGAAGGAAUUAGAGAAAUUUGAUCCAUUUGCUGUGCCCACAAUCAGUUUAAUUUGUGAGGAGCUGGAUCGCCCCAAACCCGGAGAAGACGAUGAAAAAGUUGAUGACAAGGAAAAUGAAAAGGAUGCAGUGGAGAGACGGAAAAUUAGAGACUAUAAAAGAACCAGUUUGGCCAAGUAUGUUAGAUAUUUUGACCAGUUCCUUGAUGAUGUUGCCCGAUCUUGGAAAGGAGAGCUUCUCAGAAAAAGUGAUCUUCAGAAAGAAUUUUAAAUGUGGUCAAAAAGAAGCACUGGCAAGAUCAUUAAAAUGCAUCUAUGUUUCAUAUUGGUGUUGGGCCAUGUUUAAACAUCUUGUCACUGUUCUACCAAUAUUUUGUAAGUGUCUUAACUGUAAAAUAAAUCUUGUUUUGAUAAUUA